AUGGCUGGAGCCACGGUUGACAACGAGGUCAUGUCUCUGACUUCUGAAGGCGAAUCAUCAGCAGGACCUAUGCCGGUAGGAUCUACGGAUGAUUUAUCUGAAGAAAUCACCAAACGAAGUUCGACAUUGAAUUUGGCUGAAAUGAUUAAAGUACUUCCAUAUGUUUUGCCACAUGAGCUAUUGCAGGCAAUAGCAAAGAGAGACGCUUUAACAUUCCUUGGCGCUGCUAAUGGUUGGCCUACUAAUUUCGAAUCCGAUUUGGAAAACUGUCAGCUAUGUGGGUCCAAGUUAGGUGAUUCACGCAUUCACCCAGGACAAUCGCGAGCCAACACCUGUUAUCUCCUUACAGAACUUAAUCCGUUCAAAGAAGUGGAUAUAAUGGUGAAAAUAUGUUCAUCUCGUGCGUGUUCUGCUAUGCAUCAAGCGUCGGUGGAAAAACUAGGUACGGGAUAAAUAUUUAUAUAUUCCCACAAGGCUUCUGAUGUGUUAAACCUAUUUCAGAGCUCAUAUGGUACAUUUCACCUAUAUAUUAUAGCGAGGUUCAGAUUUGACUAGUCCACUACCGCAACCUUUCGCUGACCUACUGCGCUUGUGAUAGGUUCAUGUUUCCUUACUGGUAGCGGUAGUGGAAGUCAAAUCUUAACCUCGCAACCUUAAUGAAUUAGCUGUAUAUGUAUAUAUAUAUAGAACAUCGACAUACCAUGCAAUUUUGGCGAAACAUGCAUCAUGUAUAUGUCUGUAGAUCGUACAAAUAUUAAUUUAAUGUGUUUUUUAUAUAUAGGUUUGUUCAACAUCUCUGACAAAGUAUUGGUUUCGUUGGAUAUCCUGUUAGAAUUUAGGGAGUUUUUUAAGAAGGGGCAUCCUAUAGGAAAUGUUAUUCGUGCAAAGCUUCUAACUCUGAAGGCCAAGUGCAAAGAGGUUAUAAUAAAAAUAUGAAUAUAAAUAUUUGCAGCUGUUUAUGUAUAUAUAGUAUAGGCUGUAUAGCAACGAAUUAGUCGAAUUCUUCCAAUCUCAUCAGUGUAUUUAGUCGUAUAUAUUGUAUAUAUAUUGUAGAGUUCAGUACCAUCAGACGGCGAGAUGAUGUACAUCAAAGAUUUGCUCUAUAAUGGCUACUACAGUUUUGAAAUGAGUACAGAAAGAAAUCUCGACGACGUGGUCUGUGGUAUAUGUGGCGUUUGUCCUGAAAUCUGUUUGGGUGACGGCAAUGAAAAAAACUCUUGCACGAACCGUCAGGUUAAAAUAUAAUUAUAUAUGGUCUACAGUAUAUAUGCUAUACAACAAGUACAAAUGAGUGUCAACUGCGAUGAUAGUUAUAAGUUAUUACUGAUAAAAAACCAAUCAGUUUUUUCUGUUCUGCAGUUUUUGAUGGGUUUUUACAUUAUGUUUUAUAACAUAGAUUCACUAUACUAAAGAUGACGAGGAACCGAAAGACAUGGUUCCAUUACAAGAGUUUCUUGCAAAACUUCGACGUCGUUGGAUUGAGAAGACUGUAUUUACGCGCGCACAUGAUAAGUUUACAGUAGCGAUAGAGGAACUGCCGCCUAUAAUUGCACCUGGUCUUACUAGUACUGCGGUCAACACGGAGAUGAAAAAGAAGAGUGUGUACCUCAAAUCACAUUAGCCGACAGGUUAGGGCGAAACGUAUAAUUAAUUGUAAUCAAUGAAUAUUAUUAUAUUGUUUCGGUAGUAUACUUCGCGAAAGUUUAUUUUAUUUUCCCAAUAGAAAGAACGUUUAAAAUUAUUCUUACAGAUUUUUCGUAUCAAGCGUAACUCUUAUGAACCCGAAACUAGAUUUGGUUGCUAGUUCAAAUUUUCAAUUGAAUAAAAACAAUUUAAACAACUUUUUAUUUUUACUCUGUAACUUAGAAGUGAUUUUAUAAAGCUAAGUGGGCAGGAGUGGGGACUCGUGACGUCAACAAAACGACAGUUAAUGAGGUUAAGAAUUAAUCCAAGAUGGCAGACAGCUCAUUGCUUUCAGUCCAACUAUUUCAAUGAUCACUAGCUGUCGAGAUAAAAAACUUGCGUGACCCAACUUGUGAGGUAUCAUGCAUAUCCUCAAAAAUCCAAGAUGGUGGACAGUUCAUUGCUUUCAGUCAAAAUAUUUCAAGAAUCAAGCAAGAUAUGAAACAUUUAUACUGACAAGAUUUUAGAAAUGAUUUUAUUAAAAUGUUCUUUCAAAUGAAACAAUAAAAAUUUUUGUUGCCAUUGCCCUUAAUUAUCGGUGCAGUCAAUUCUAGUAUAUAAAUGAAAAAGAAUUUAUUAAGAAAAGUGAAACUAUAGUAUACAAUGAGUACUUUUAGUUAUUUUUUUAUUUAUCGCCCAUAUGUUUAGGUGACCCAGCACUCUUACACAAGCUUAUUUCAGAUGGGAAGGUUGACAUCGACAGGCUUAAUCAAUACAAUGCAAAGUUUAUCAACGAUACAGCCAUGGCUUGUGGGAUAGUAACAUCAGGAAAAUCUAAGGUUUGCAUUUUGAGAUAUUAGACCUUACUGCAUGUUUACUCACUUAUUACCCAAUAAGUGAAUGCAUGGAUUCAAGAUCAACUAACGAGAAGCAAAUUGGUGCAGGAAACAUCAGAGAUCUAUAGCCUUCACUUCACAUGCUAAGACAGACAAUUAAACAUGGAAAUGGGGCUAUAGGGUAAAAAAUGACUAAAGUACCGGGUGUCCCAAAAAAAAGUACUCCGGUUUGAUUCGAAAUAACUUCUAAACAAGUAAAGCUUUUAAAGAGAAAUAACUUGCAUCAAAUAGAGGAAGGACUAACUUAGAUUUUGAUAUAUUACAGUUGUAUUUCACUUAAAAAUUCACGGAGAUAUUAAUGUUUAAAAUCUGGAGCAUAUUUCUUGAUGUGUCUGAAAUAUGCCAAAAACAGCGUAUCAAAUAUUAAUCAAGAUUUACCCGACUGAAACAUGCACUAUUACCUGUAAAUAAAUGACACUUGACAAAUUGUUUAUUAUGAAACAAAGUAUUAUUAUCUACAAAAUACAAGCAAGAUUUAUUCGUCCGAAAUCCGCGUGUGUUCCUAGCACGAAUACGUUUCCUUAUUUCAUGAGACCACUGCAUCGCGAAGGAUCGUCAUGGAUCGUUCGUAGUUCUGAAUUAGGGCACGCUGUCACAAUGGAAUUGUGAAUUUUCUAACUUCACAUUGAAUGAAUUUUCUAACUUCUGCAACGUUCUGAAAUCUUGUUAAGAACACCCAAACUCUUUUGCCUUUCUUAAUCUUGGCAAGUUCAGAAUAAACUGAGAAUGAAACACAAUCAAACCAUACAACUCCAUAAGUAAAGACAUAACAAGCAUGCAACUCCCCAGAGACAUCCAACAUUUUUGGAACAAAACGUAACAAAAUAGUAGCUUUGAUACUGUGAUGUGUAUUUGCAAAAAGCAAUAUUAUUUCCUCCAUUAAAGAACAAUAUUAAUCCUGCUCUAACCGAGAAAUAAUCAACUUUGUUUUGAACCCAUGAAAAACAUAAAAAAUAGGUUAUUUAAGAAAAAUUGAAGCGCCUGCCUUGCAUGGUCUUUCAGUGCCUUAAGUUUGCAAAGACCUAUUAAAUACUUACAUAUUUCGAAGUUAAAAUUUGAUACGCCGAUUUUCGCUAAUUUUAGACACAUCCCAAAAUAUGCUCCCGAUUUUGAACAUUAAUAUCUCUGUGAAUUUUUAAGUAAAAUACAACUGUAAUAUAUCAAAAUCUAUGUUAGUCCUUCCUCUAUUUAAUGCAAGUUAUUUCUGUUUGAUAGCUUUACUUGUUUAGAAGUUAUUAUAAAUCAAACCGGAGUACUUUUUUUUGGGACACCCGGUCUAUUAGAGGUUCAUAAUAACGGAUACUAUUUAUUGAGUCCUUAUACAUGCAGUUUUUACCAAUUUGGCUUUAGUCAGUAUUAUGGUAAUUACUAAUUAGUAUUGUUUUAACCUUAUCUGAUUACAGCAAUACUUGUGUGGCACACUCCACGACUUGUAUGGGAGUAUUUUAAUUGGAAACUGUCCAUGUCACAGUUUUGGAAAAGUGCCCAGACACACGGGUGGAUUUUAUCAUUUGCUUUGCUGCCAUGGGGUGAGUUAUAAAAAAUAUAUUGCCACCAUGGGGUGUGUUUUAUAUGUAUAUAUAUAUAUAUAACAUUCAAAAACUCAUUAAUUAUUCAUGAGAAAAACACAAAGAAAAAUCAUAAGCGUGUCGAUCGUAUCUUUAUAUGUGAUAGAAAUUUCCCUUGAUUUACAUAAACUUUAACUUUGAUUUUGUCGAUCGACUUACACAACGUAUUUUUUGAAAAUUACUUCGCCAAUGAACUUACUAGAUCGAUCGUUUUUGAAGCAAUUUAAAACAUUCGCAGUGCAUGUUUUAUCAUAAGACCUAAAGAUAUUCGGCUUCGCCUCGUGUCUUUACAUCGGCUGAUAAAACAUUGCUGCUCAUGUUUUAAAUAGUACAUUAAUGAUCUUUAAACUACGCGAUCACAUGGUUCUAGUUUAUUAAAGUCAUAUACGUUUCAAUUAAAAUUGUGCGGAAAUUCGUGCGCAUGGCACGAAUUCGCAUGCUGGGGAGUGCGUAAUUGGAACUGCGCAAAAAUAUCGCGGUUUAUAGUUCUCAAUAUUGAAUUGCGUGAAUUAAUCACGCGAUUUAGAAAAAUACAUUAAGCUAUAAAUAAGGUGCAAUGAAUAGUCAAUAAAUUUUUAUGUGGUAUUUGGUUAUGAUAUUAUUAAACUUAAAGUACUAUGUAUUUUUUCAGGCAACAGUUGCUUCUAAAUUCCUAACGUUGACGGAGUCUGUUAGGGAUGCUGCUGACCUGUACCUGUCAUUGAAACACCCGCCUAUUGUGUUCAUUAAUGACACACCUUGCGGGUUUGUCCGCCACCUUGAAUGCAGAAAUCCCAAAGUCGCUGAGAAAUUGUGGGGAAAGAAUGCUGGGUGUUUCGAAAAACCUGCCAUAGGAAAAGAACCUAAAAAAAGUGGGUAAAAUUUUUCUUCAAAAACAGGUUUUUGCCGCCGUUCAUUUUAUUCAUGACAUGCAUGCAUGUUCGGUGAGCAUGCAAAGAGGUGAUCUAAACUGAUCUUUCAGCAUGUUGUCUUAAAAUAAUAAAGAUAAGAUCCGUUUGCAUGAUAUACAGGCACUGUAAUAUUAUUUUAAAAGCAUGAGGAAAUCCACAUAAUGAUAUGAUUGCGACGGAUGUUUGCAAAUUAAUGCCUGCAGCUGGGUAACUCCUUGACGAAAUGAUACAUAGUGCAUGCAUGCACGCACGCACGCAGUAGUACUAAGAUUAUAUGCAUGCACGACCAUACAUUAACCCCACUGAAAAUCUAAGUAUAAUCAUUUUAAAAUUAUUUUAAACGAUCAUUACAGGAUCAGAACUUUCCUGCCAUAGUUCCGCCAGAAUAUAGUGAUGGCUCUCAACAACCUUCACUGAAGUUUCUCCGCGGUGACGAUAGCGCAUCUCAUGCACAAGUUGAUACAAAAGAAACAAAUUCUACCUCCCAGCAACUCAAGCAAGAUCAUUUCGUCCUGGGUGACAGGUUUCAUUCAGCUUCAGAUCCACACAAAUCACCAUUAUGCCAAUACCACAACAUUGAUUUGUGUAUUCAGGCUCCAACAAUCAAAACCAGCAUUCAGGAGUCUCAGAAUCACAGAAAGAACAUAAGGCGUUUAAGAAGUUCCUGCAUGCAGAGCUUUGAAGUGCACAUUGUGUACAAUUUUUUGAUGGACUAUUAUCAGAACGAAGAAAUUGUAUAUAGACAAAAGAGGACUUUAGAGAAAUCAUUAGUGAAGGAAGAAAAAUUGAUACGAGAUAGUAACCUAAGAUUCAUAAUUCGAUGA